AUGGUAAACGACUGGGCAUCUAUUGAACCAUCUCCAGAUCUACAGUGGACUCCUUGCUUUGACAACUUCACAUGCGCACGGCUCCAAGUUCCCUUGGAUUACGGGGAUCCAUCACGGGGAACUACAGCAAUUGCCUUUAUUAAGCUCGCUGCUACGAAUGUAACACAAAACACACAGAAUCUACUAAUUAACCAAGGCAGCCCUGGAGGGCCUGGUGUUGCACUCGUCCUCCAGGGAGGACCUAGUCUGGCUCAAGCUCUGGGAGGGCAGCAUAACAUUGUCGGCUUCGACCCCCGAAGAGUCGGGCAAAGCGGUCCUGUCGUGGACUGCUGGCCGAACCACCCUGAGAAACGCGCCCAGUUUGGGAAACUUUUCUACCCAGAAGUCUCUCAUGCUUCAUCGACCGCGCUGGACACACAGUACUACGCCGCUGAAAUUUUUGGCACGGCGUGUACCGAAAAUGCGGGAGGACCUAAUGGGAAUGCCUCGUUCGUCAGCACGCCUGCCGUGGCUCAUGACCUAUUCACCUACAUCAACGCAGAGCAGAACUACGGGACCGUGCUGGGUGCCACAUUCGCGUCUCUCUACCCUGACCAUGUGGGCAAGAUGGUUCUCGAUGGUGUGGUUGACGCAGCGGACUACUAUGAUCUAGGCUGGAGGACCAAUCUCUAUGACGUGGAUAAAGCCCUCGACUCGUUCAGCGAAUACUGCUUCCAGGGCGGUGCUACAAAUUGUUCAUUCUGGGGCCCAUCUGUUCAAAACAUCACCAACCGCUUGAACGGGCUACUGGCCAAGCUGAAAUACCAUCCCGUGCCUAUUCCCAGCUCGGAAGCUUGCGAUAUCCCUUUGAUGGCAACACAUUCGGAUUUGAAAGAGUACACUCUUGGUGCACUAUAUGCUCCGCUAUCAGGUUUUCCAGUCCUCGCAGAUGUUCUUUCAGGUUUGGAACGAGGGAACACUUCGACAUAUGUCACUGCAGUCACGGAUGGCUUUUUACCGGCAAACCCGUGCAAUAACGAAAGUGGAAAGAAUGGGACAACAGAUGUGAACACAUUGAUCAAAUGCGUGGAUGGUUAUGCUGGGCAGAAGUUCGAGAACCUGACUGAUUAUCGAAACUAUGUCGACACAUUGACCUCGCAAAGCCUUUUCUUUGGUGAGGUGUGGCCCAACAACGCGAAUGGAAUCCUAUGUAGAUCUUUUGAAGCGAAGCCACCAAAGUCCGGACGGCUCCCAGGCUCCAUCAUGGAAACUCGACAGACCUCGUUCCCCAUCUUAUUUGUCACCGCUGAGACUGAUCCUGUCGCUCCAAAGAGAGGUGCAUACAAAAUGUCGUCAGUCUUUCCGGGAUCUGUUGUUUUGACACAGGCAUCAGUUGGCCACACUGCCAUUGCCAGUCUCUCAUCGUGCUAUCUGAAGAAUGUUCAGAUGUAUCUCAAUGGCCAGCUUCCCGCAGCGAACACGACCUGCCCGCCGGAUGUGUUGCCAUUUCAGGGUUCAGCUUCAUUUUCUUUCGGACGAUAA